CAAACACUCUCCAACUUGCCAGUCACAUAAACCCUCAAAACCGUCAUUCCGCCGCCGCACCUCCCUUCUCCAUCACUCCACCAUGGCAUCCGCGGCGGUUGUAACCGACACCAGAAAGCUCCCACGGCCAGGCCGCGGCGGCGUAGUAUCACAAAACCUCACAGAAGAAGAAUCACGCGUCAGAGCAAUCGCCGAAAUCGUCAACAACAUGGUAGAACUCUCUCGUAACGGCGAAAACGUCGACCUAAACGCCCUAAAAUCCGCCGCAUGCCGCAAAUACGGUCUAUCGCGUGCUCCGAAGCUCGUAGAAAUGAUUGCUGCUCUUCCGGAUACUGAACGUGAGGCUCUGUUGCCGAAGCUUCGAGCGAAACCGGUUCGAACGGCUUCAGGUAUAGCGGUUGUGGCGGUUAUGUCGAAGCCGCAUCGGUGUCCGCAUAUAGCGACGACUGGAAAUAUAUGUGUGUAUUGUCCUGGUGGACCUGAUUCGGAUUUUGAGUAUAGUACGCAAUCGUAUACUGGUUAUGAACCGACUAGUAUGCGAGCGAUUCGUGCGAGAUAUAACCCAUAUGUCCAAGCCAGAAGCAGGAUUGACCAGCUGAAGCGAUUGGGUCAUAGUGUAGAUAAGGUUGAGUUUAUUCUAAUGGGCGGCACGUUCAUGUCAUUGCCUGCUGAAUACCGGGACUACUUUAUAAGGAAUCUUCACGAUGCUUUAUCAGGGCACACUUCCGCAAACGUUGAAGAGGCAGUUGCCUAUUCCGAGCAUGGUGCAACAAAAUGUAUUGGAAUGACUAUUGAGACGAGGCCAGAUUACUGUCUUGGGCCUCAUUUGAGGCAAAUGCUUUCAUAUGGUUGUACACGUUUGGAAAUCGGAGUUCAAAGUACAUACGAAGAUGUUGCUCGUGACACCAAUAGAGGGCACACAGUAGCAGCUGUUGCCGAUUGCUUUUCUUUGGCAAAAGACGCUGGUUUUAAGGUGGUUGCUCAUAUGAUGCCUGAUCUUCCAAAUGUUGGUGUCGAGCGGGAUAUGGAAAGCUUUAAGGAGUUUUUUGAAAACCCUUCUUUUAGAGCUGACGGGCUCAAGAUUUAUCCAACACUUGUUAUUCGUGGAACUGGUCUUUAUGAGCUCUGGAAAACUGGCAGGUAUAGAAAUUACCCUCCAGAGCAGCUUGUUGACAUUGUAGCUCGGAUUCUAGCCAUGGUGCCCCCAUGGACUCGUGUUUACAGGGUUCAAAGGGAUAUCCCUAUGCCUUUGGUUACUUCCGGUGUUGAAAAAGGGAAUCUUCGUGAACUUGCUUUAGCCCGUAUGGAUGAUCUAGGCUUAAAAUGCAGGGAUGUUCGUACACGUGAAGCUGGAAUUCAAGAUAUUCAUCACAAGAUCAGGCCAGAUGAAGUACAGCUUGUUCGGCGAGAUUAUACUGCAAAUCAGGGAUGGGAAACAUUUUUAUCAUACGAAGACACUCGACAGGAUAUUCUUGUUGGAUUACUACGCCUGCGAAAAUGCGGCAAAAAUGUUACUUGCCCAGAACUUGUUGGAAGAUGCUCUAUUGUACGUGAACUUCACGUUUAUGGAACUGCUGUUCCAGUACAUGGUCGUGAUGCUGAUAAACUGCAACAUCAGGGGUAUGGUACCCUGCUUAUGGAGGAAGCUGAGCGGAUUGCUAGUAGGGAGCACAGGUCAACGAAGAUAGCUGUUAUUUCGGGUGUCGGAACACGGCAUUACUACAGGAAGUUGGGUUACGAGCUCGAAGGCCCGUAUAUGAUGAAGCACCUUGUAUAACAAGUUAUUACACAAUAUGCAGUUUUAUAAGAUACUAGUGUUUGUAUUCGACCAGUUUUUGUUUGCAUUUUUUAGAAAGGUUCAGAAAAUUAGAUAGAUCUGCAGGAAUGGAAGUUUGCUUGUGUGCCAAGUUACUUGUUGGAUCUUACUACGCUUUUGGCCUAGCAACUGCAAGUUAUAUCUAGAGGUGGUUAAAUCGACAGGUGGGUAUGCCCUGCUGGUACCAGAGGUGGUGGCAGGUGUUCCCGCUUCCUGUCUUUUAUUGUCCAUCUCGCAACACCUUCACUCUUCUUUGCAGCAGGCUAGCAUCGCUAAUUUGGGACAUCAAUCCCGCUCAGCAUAGGGCUUCUACAUCUCACAUAGUUUACACCAGCUGUGAAAUUGGCUUCCUGUCGGUGCCGGAAGCUCCAUCUUAGGCGAAGCCACUCCCGUUCUGCUCCAUACCGAAGUCACUCGCUCUCCAACCUAAGUGUUUAUUGUUUUUCUUGAGUUUUAUAAUUAAUGUGUAUGGUAUGAUUACAAAAUUACUUGAAUACUGUUUAUUAAACCAUUUUGCCAUUGUCACAUGUCAAUGGAAACCUGUGAA